CACUCUUCAACUUUUUCUUUAUCUGAGCAACUUUUUUCUAAUCUUGACUUUUUUUCUUCUUCCGUUCUUUUUCCUUUUUUCUACAUCUACUUCAAUUCCCACUUCCAAGAUCUCGCACCUUAGAAAACACCUGCUAUUAUCAAUUCACCCUGUAAUCGUUCAUAUUGCUUGCACUUUUUAUAAUAGUCUCUAUCUUGAUCCGCUUGCUUGGGACGCGUUACAUCCAAGACAUUUUUACUCUUUUUGGUCAUUUUAGUGUCCUUUUUUUAGCACCAACCACCAUCAACGGACAAGUAGAAGAGUCACUACAACUACCACCACCAUCCUACUCCAUUUUUUAUCCUUGCACGCAGCACUGAGGAGAAUUCAAUUCUAUCCUAAUUGCAUGGUGUCGUGGGUGUAUUUUCAAUCUUUCCAACCAUCCUUAAUUACACACCGCCUGUUGAAAUCAUGUCGAAACUCUUUACUUCCACGUUUUCUCAAGCGAUAUAUAGUCCUUUGAACUCACAAGAUCUUGCCCAAAACAGUGACCAUCCCGACAGUCAAAGCUCUAAUAUAAAGCCAUAUCAAUCUCCUCAUCAACAGCAACAGCAUCAGCAACAGCGAAGAGGACAUUUCCGGCAUCGGUCGCAGAGUCAGAGUAGUAAUCGGUCCAUUUACUCUAUCUCGGAUCAGUUGCAGCAUCAACAGCACCAACAGCACCAGCAUUUCCCACCUGCUUUUGAGGAAGGCGAGGAUAGAGCUGACAAUGAACCCUUGAUAAUUCAGCAACAAAUCACUAGUAGGGUAGCUUCUGUAUCUGCAUCGCCCAAAGCAACAAGACGCAGCAGUGCCGUUCGCUCCUUAACAUCCCAAUUAUCCCCGUUUCAUAAUUCUCCCGCGGUCGUCCUAGCAAGCGACUCGGCAACAACAAUAACACUCACAGCAAUAAAUACACCCACAAUAUUAACAGUUGGCACAGGGACAAGUUAUGACGAUGAGCCUUCAUCACCACCACCAAAGUAUACAACAGAGAAUUUAGAAUACUCUGAACCUACUCGGCUCUCAUCAUAUGAACAUGGUGAGGAAGGAAGAAUUGGAUAUCAUCAAAAGGAAUAUGGCCAGGAUGAUGGGUUGUUGAUGCAGGCGUUAACAACUCUAGUCUUUGCUGUCGUUGGGCUCAUCUUCGCAGGAUGGCUGCUGGACGUAAUUCAGCACUGGCAAGUUUUCGUUGACAUCUCAGAACUGAUUAUCCUGAUCCCUAUCCUACUCAAUCUCAAAGGGAACCUGGAGAUGAAUCUCGCUAGUCGGCUUUCAACUGCUGCCAACAUGGGACUCCUUGACACGGCUCAAUCACGGAAUGCGUUCAUUAAAGGAAAUUUAGCAUUAUUGCAGGUGCAAUCAUUGGCUGUAGGAUCCGUUGCAGGUCUGUUUUCCUUUGGAUUGGGAUUAAUGCUCCAUCCAAUUACUAAUAACCCAAACGAGGUUGCCAUCACGAUCACGGCCAGUAUGCUAUGCGCCGCAAUGAGUAGCUUUGUCCUUGGAGGGUUCAUGUGCGGAUUAGUCCUGAUUUGCCGACGAUACAACAUCAAUCCAGACAACAUUGCCUGUCCACUAGCCUCGUCCUUUGGAGAUUUGGUCACUUUGGUGAUUUUAGCAGCCUGUUCUGUGUUUUUACAAAUAUUUAUCAACACUCCGGUCCCAGUAGUUAUGCUGGUCGUUUUACUGGGUCUGAUUCCUGCAUGGAUAGUGUAUGUGCGCCGAAAUAAGUAUGUGUCAGAGGUAGCCAAAGAAGGAUGGGUGCCAGUGUUCGCAGCAAUGGUAAUUGCAGGGACUGCAGGAUUGACAUUGGAGCGUUAUAUCACCGAUUAUCCAGGACUGGCGCUGAUCUCACCAGUCUUGAACGGAUUGACGGGUAACAUUGGGUCGAUCUAUGCAAGUCGUAUUAGUACUUCGCUCCACAUCAAUAUCAAAGAGAACUAUCGGAAGACCGAACGAACGCUUUUCCUUGUUCAUAUCCCCAUCGAGGCUGUGUUCUUGGCGAUCGUCGGGAUCAUGGGAUUGGGACAUAUCGAAUGGGGUCUGGCAGCCGUGGCUGGAUAUUCACUUGUAGCGCUCUGCCUUGUUGUUAUUUCGUUGGCGAUGGCCAAAUGGAUCACUCUUGGUUUUUGGAAGUGGGGCUAUGAUCCAGAUAACUAUGCUCUGCCUAUUAUAACAUCGUUGAUUGACGUGGUUGGCACAGCUUUGCUUGUCGCAUGGUUCUGGGCGCUCAGCUAUGGAGGACUACAUGAGUAAAUGGAGUUCUAGAAAUUAGCCAAUGUAAUAUAUAUACAAUAGACUACCCUAAUACCACAUAUUCCAAAGAUUUAUAAGAGAGUAGAUUUUUUUUGUACGGUUGCCCGAGUUUUGUUGUAGGCGAGUUUUUUGGUCUUUAUCUUGAUGACAAUGCGC